UACAUUCCUUUGCGGGCUGGUUCUAGUUAAGAGGCUCCCUAAUAUCGCCAAACUUAAAGCACCGGGCUUCUUCAGUCACUGCAUUACGGUACGAUACUCCGGCGCGGUAGAUACACUCCUGUCAGACGCACAAUAAUAUCCUCUAUACUAACAGCAGUAAAGUUCACUUAUUAACUACUAUUUGAAAAGUGUGUCAUGGAGUGUAAUAAGUUUGAAGGCUCCAACUUCAACCCCUUGAAGUUUCGGAACCAGGACUAUGAGUCCCUACGAGAUGAGUGCCUAAAGUCCGGUGCUCUGUUCUCGGACCCGCUGUUUGCGGCGGAUCAGAGCUCCAUCGGAUUGCCGGCUGACCCCGACCCGAAGAACGCAGUGAAAUGGAUGCGACCCAAGGACAUCAAUAAGGAUGCUGUUUUCAUUGAAGACACCACGGGCACAACAGACAUCUGCCAAGGCCAGCUGGGUAACUGUUGGCUACUGGCUGCCCUGUCCAGCCUAACCAUGCACCCCACCCUUUUCGCAAAGGUGGUUCCCUCCGAACAAAGCUUGAGCGAAUCCUAUGCCGGAAUCUUCCACUUCAAGUUCUGGCAGUAUGGCGAGUGGGUGGAGGUGGUGGUGGAUGACCUGCUCCCUGUCCGCAGUGGUCGUCUGCUCUUCAACCACUCCCGCACCCUCAAUGAGUUCUGGAGCGCCCUGGUGGAGAAAGCCUAUGCCAAAAUGAUUGGAUGCUACAGCAGUCUGAAAGGGGGCAAUAUUUCCGAAGGCAUGGAGGAUUUUACGGGGGGCAUUGCGCGCGCUAUCUCUGUGAAGUCCCGCACCCCCACGGGGCUGUGGAAAAUCCUCACCGCCUCGCUGUCCCGCGGCACCCUGCUGAGCUGCUUCAUACAGGCUGCUAAUUUGCAAGAGAUUGGAACUGUGAAUAAACAGGGACUGGUGAAGGGUCACGCCUACGCGAUCACGAACACGGAUCAGGUGCGGAAGAAGUCGGGCGAAGUGCUUCUUCUGCGGCUGAGGAACCCCUGGGGAUUCGUGGAGUAUUCUGGGCCCUGGAGCGAUAAGUGUAAGAACUGGGACGAUGUGGACAGUGCCGAAAAGAAGCGCAUUCAACUGAUCAAGGCAGAGGACGGAGAGUUUUGGAUCAGCGUGGAGGACUUCAGAUCGCUCUUCGACUCAGUGGAGCUGUGCAGCGUGAGCCCGGAUUGCCUCUCCGAGGAGGAAGUAGGACAGGAGCACCCGUCGUCCAUCUGGACCAUCACCUCCUACCAGGGCUCCUGGGUGCCAGGCUGUACCGCUGGGGGCAGUCCCAAAUUCCCCCGCUCCUUUUGGAGGAACCCACAGUUCAGGCUCGUUCUCUCGGAGCUGGACGACUACGAGGACGAGGACGAGAGCCCCGUCAAUGGCGGCGGGGAUGACACGGAUGCCAACGGAGGCGUCAAACCGGCGGGACAGGCGACCCCGAAACCAAAGGAAAAAGCAAUGAAAUGCACCAUGGUGGCAGAGGUGCUGCAGAAAAACAGGAGGCAGAAGGACAAGAUCAAUUUCCUCCAGGUCGCUUUCCACGUUUACAAGGUGGACGGCAACCCCAGUACCCUGGAUGAGAAAUUUUUCUCCACCAGGCAGCCGGUGGCUUCCUCCGGGUCGUACCAAGCGGUGAGGGGUGUGCGCCGCAAGGUUCGCCUCCACCCGGGUAACUACGUGGUCGUGGUCUCCACCAGCCGGCCCAACCAGGCAGGAGACUUUUUCCUGCGGCUGUUCGCUAAGAGCGGAAACACGCUGGGGGACCUCGACAGCACCUGCUCCUCCAACUUCAACACGGUGGUGCAGUCACAGCCUGUGGCAGCCGAUGAUUACAGGAGAGUUGAGGAGCUGUUCAUCAAGGAAGCGGGGGCGGAUGAACGGCUGGAUGCGCUGGAGCUCAUGAAGUUGUUGAACUCAGUGCUCGACAAGGACUACCACCUCCCCCUGGAGACCUGCAGGCAGCUCAUUUUCGCAGAGGAUACCGGAGGGAGGAGCAGGUUGACGCUGCCACAGACCGUGCAGCUCCUGUCCUCGCUGCGCAAGCUGCAAUCCAUCUUCCUCAAGUACGACGAGGACUCUUCCGGAACAAUGAGCCCCUUUGACCUGAGCCUCAGUCUCCAAGCAGCCGGUCUACAGUGCAGCAGGGCGGUCCAGGAGGUUCUGUGGGAGCGGGUCGGCGCCGGCCUGACCCAGCUGCCCUUCUACGGCUUCAUCUCCUGCGUGGCCCGGCUGCGCGUACUCUUUGCGCUGUAUGAGUCAGAAAGCAGUCAGGAGGUGAGGCAGCGUGGCAUCGACGCGUGGCUGCUAAAAUUCCUGACAGUGUGACAUGGACCCGGGUGCCGGGGUAAUGCCAAAAGCGAGGAUUGUGACGUCAUCAGGGCUCCCUCUCACUCUGCUCUCCUUCAAAUACCCAGUUUUCCUCCUUAAUUUCUCAUACAGUAUUUGCUUUUUUUGCAAUCAUGCAUAAAAACCAGCUUGGCAGGCUUUGGAUUCAUUAAAGGGAUUGCAUAGAUCCAAAGAUGCACUUUGUAGAUAGAAUUGCAAUUAGUUUAUUUAGAUGAGUGGCUGACAGUGAUAUUCUGGGUUUUUCUACUUUCCCAUAUUUCUAUUAGCAUUAUUAGAUAAUAUAUAGAUGAAUACUAUUUCAGUGUAAUUAUUCUAUAUUCUUUUCAUGCAGAUUUAAUGCCCUGAAACCUGUAAUCUUUUAUAAACUGAUCUUCUAUAUGCCGAAAUAAAACUCCUAUCCUUUUAAGAA